CAACAGCGCCGCCUUUCCCCCCUGCUUGGUGGUAAUUGUACUCUCAUGAUUAUUCGCACGCAGCUACGCGACGGCGGCUGGCUGGCGGAGAAACAAAUUUGCGACGGCACGCUUGAGGAAGAGAGUUGCAACGUAGCGGCGGCGCGGAGGAGGCUUGCUGCGUGCGGCCUACCGGGACGCAUCGGCCUCGAGAUCGCAAGGUAUCUCGCGCACUUGAUCACCCGGGAGCACUCGAGAAGAACACAGCGCCCGACGAAUUUCCCCUUUCGAUUCGGCCCCCUCUUUUACCUAAACUGCUGAAUUCGAUGAGGCUGGUCGGCUUGACGGGUGGAAUUGCUUCGGGGAAGAGCACCGUCUCUGGCCUCUUCAAAUCCGCCGGCGUCCCUGUGGUCGAUGCCGACAUUGUGGCUCGGAAUGUAGUGCAGAAAGGUACUGGAGGUUGGAAGAAGAUUGUAAAAACUUUCGGAAAUGACAUAUUAUUGGAAAAUGGAGAAAUUGACAGGGCUCUCUUAGGUCAGAUUGUUUUCUCUGACCCGGCAAAAAGGAAACUUCUAAACCGUCUUCUGGCCCCACAUAUUUCAUGUGGUAUAUUUUGGGAGAUUCUAAAACUGUGGGUGAAGGGAUGCACGGUUAUCUCUGUCGACAUCCCGCUGUUGUUUGAGACAAAGAUGGACCGAUGGACGAACCCAGUGGUUGUUGUAUGGGUGGAUCCCAAAACACAGAUUGAGAGGCUCAUGUUAAGAAAUGGGUGCAGCGAGGAACAAGCUCAGAACAGGAUCAGCGCGCAGCUUGCACUUGACUGGAAGAAGUCCGAAGCAGAUAUAGUGAUCAACAAUUCUGGCUCACUGGAGGACACGAAAGAACAGUUCCGAGAAGUGUUGGAGCAAGUCUCUGCUCCCUUGACAUGGAAGGAGCGCAUGAGAUCCAGGGAUGGCUUUCUGUCUAUCGUCAUGUGCACGGCAGCGGGGGUUUUACUUGCUCAGAAGAAUCUGUUAUGAUCUUUGCAUCGUUAGGAAGUUAGGACUGAACUAGGUUGAUUUUUUGAAAAAUUGGGAGUGUCGUUGCAGAGCACUAGACCAUCAAGAUUAUGGUUGUGUCAUAUCAUGUUUUGGAGUCACCGCAAGUGCUGAAUUUUGAGUGAAUUUUGUUUUUUGUAACCGCAAGUGCUGAAUUUUGAGUGAAUUUUGUUUUUUGUAACCGCAAUUGCUUGUCGCUACAGAGCACUGCUUGCUUGUGUUGUCUCUGUUGUGAACCUUGAUUCACUACGGAAUAAUGGUAUGGCUUUUGA